GUGUUGUGUUGGUUUUUGAGCAUACGCAGUGCUGUUAUAAUAUUUCGGUUGUGUUUUCUCGAGACGACAUUUAAAAGACAGCGCAAGUAUUGAAAGCUGUAGACUGGAAGAUGGAGGACGACGCUCCUGUUAUUUACGGUCUCGAAUUUCAGGCACGAGCACUCACCGCCCAGACAGCUGAGACCGAUGCCAUUCGCUUCCUUGUGGGAACACAGUCACUGAAAUUUGAUAACCAGAUCCACAUCAUUGACUUUGACGACGAGAAUAACAUCAUUAAUAAGAACGUCCUCCUGCACCGAGCGGGGGAGAUAUGGCACAUUGGCGCCAGUCCUGCAGAUAAGGCUGUGCUCACCACCUGCUACAACAAAACCAGUGACAGCAGAGUGGUGUCCUGCGCGGCCGUGUGGCGGAUGCCCUCUGAUUGGGAGACGGGAAGCAAUGAGUCACCCGACGACUCCGCCCACAACCCCCAAACCCUGGAGCUGCUCUGUCACCUAGACGACGGCGCCCACAGCAACGCUGCCUGCGUGCUGUGGGAACCUAUGGGUGAUGGCAAGCGUGUGAUUUCAUUGGCUGAUAACCAUGCACUGCUCUGGGACCUGCAGGAGAGCUCUACACAGGCCACGGUCUCCAGCAGCGCCACCCUGGAGGGCAAAGGUCAGCUGAAGUUUACCUCGGGCAAGUGGAGCCCCCACCACAACUGCAGCCAGCUCGCCACAGCGAACGACACGGCCAUACGGGGCUGGGACCUCCGCUCCAUGAGUCAGAUCUACUGCAUAGAGAAUGCCCACGGCCAGCUGGUGCGUGACCUGGACUUCAACCCCAACCGCCAGUACUACCUGGCCAGCUGUGGAGACGACUGCAAGGUCAAGUUCUGGGACGUCCGUAACGUCCAGGAGCCCGUCAAGACCCUGGAGGAGCACUCGCAUUGGGUGUGGAGCGUCCGUUACAACCACAGCCACGACCAGCUGGUGUUGACGGCCAGCAGUGACAGCCGCCUCAUCCUCUCCAACAUGGUGUCCAUCUCCUCUGAGCCAUUUGGGCACUUGGUGGACGACGAGGAGCUCAGCGAGGGGGAGGAAAACCACCACGAGGACAAGGGUAAGGAGCCCCUGCAGGACAGCGUGGUGUCCACCUUCGAGGAACACGAGGAUAGCGUCUACGCGGCCGAGUGGUCGUCGGCCGACCCCUGGCUCUUCGCAUCGCUCAGCUACGACGGGCGCCUCGUCAUCAACAGGGUCCCCCGCGCCCUCAAGUACCGCAUCCUGCUCUGAGAGGCUGGGGAGGGACGGGGGAUUAGAACGUGCGUGCACGUUUGAUGGUGCAGAAAGCAAGUGAGGAAGUAAGCCGACAGACAUUCCAUCGUGCGAGAUGCUGCAGUGUGUGAUGUCAAACGCUGUAGCUUACACGCUUCACUGACCACGGGAAACAAUGAAAGGCUUUUGUUGCUUAAACAAGUCCUGGAAGAACAUCUGUCAUGCUGUGACACAUGCGUGAUAAAUCUGGAAAAAUCAUGUGCAUAAAUAUGUUCCUUCCUGACGAUGUUUUUUCUGAAUCUUCAUUGUUUUCAUGUUAACUUUGUCUUCAGCCUGCUGUUAUCUGGUACCGCCAUGGUUAUGACUUAUAUUGAGUAAAUAAAUAAAUACAAGUAUUUUUUGGGAUA